AUGUCGAGCUCGGGAAUCGGGUCGUUUCUCAAAGAGAGCAGAGACAAGCUCAAUGACGUGUCUGCCAAGGGCAAACAGAAAUACGACUCGGGCGACUGGAAAAAAGCCCCUAAAUUCUCACUUCCCAGCUCGCGAAUUGGUCGCCAGGCGAGAGGAGCAACCAGGGUCUGGGGCGGAGCCCCAGCCGCCGGAGGCAAUCUGACACCCGUCGUAGAAGUGACUAACAGGACAUCAGAAGAGAAUGAGAGGGAGAGUAUUCAGGCCCGUCCGCUGUCGGCUCUGACGGAUCCCAGUUUGUUUCCCCCGCCUCCAAAACACAGGGGGUACGAGAAUGGAGCUCCAGUUCAGCCAGCUCAGCCUGUGGCUCCAGUUCAGCCAGUUCAGGCUGCUCAUCCCGGCUAUGGCCAGCAGCAGCAGCCUCAGACGGGAUAUGCUCCUUCGCCAGCGGCAGGGUAUGGCCAGUUGCCGCCUCAAGCUCCUGCUCAGGUGCCUGGACAGGCUCCAGGAGUGGCUCCUGGUCAGACGUAUCAAGCGUACGGACAGAAUCAAGGUCAAUUGCCUCCUCAGCAACAACAACAGCAACCACAAGUUCAGGGAUAUAAUCCGAAUCCAGCAGCUGGUUAUGGCCAAGUUGCGAGUCCGGGUCAACCUGGGUCUUACCAGCAACAGCAGCAACUGUCUGGAUACGGUCAGCCAGGUCAACUGGGUCAGCCAGGAGUGAUUCCGGCUCCUUCUCCUCCAGUUCAACAGCCACCUCAACAGUACGGUCAACCACAGUCAUUUCAACAGCCACCUCAACAGCAGUAUGGUCAACAACCAGCUCAACAGCAGUAUGGCCAACAACCAGCUCAGCAGCAGUAUGGCCAACAACCAGCCCAACAGCAGUAUGGCCAACAACCAGCUCAACAGCAGCCGGCUCCACAGUAUGGCCAGGAGUAUGGUCAGCAGCAGCCAGCUCAACCGUAUGCCCAGCAGUACGGCCAGCAAGCUCCACAACAGAUUGUUCCACAGGCUGCUCCACAGCCAACUCCGGUUGAACAGCCUCCAAACUACCCUUCACAGAAUGCUGCACCAUCUCCUGCUCCAGCCUUGUCUCCAGCUCCUCCUGCGAGACCCCCUUUGCCAGAUCCAACCUCGUUUCCAAAACCUCCUGUGUUUGGCAACCCUGCUUCGGCUGCUAUAAACAGUCCCAAUUCCACCACUCGUGCUCCUGCUACUCCUGGAGUCGGGGCUCCUGAGGACGCACAAUCGAAACCUGUAAAAGCGCCAUUGCCUGAUCCAGCUUCCUUUGCUCCUCCUCCGGUAUUUGGUCGUCCUGGAUCUGCUGCUUCUUCAGCUGUUGCUUCCCCUGGUGUAAACAGAUCGAGUCCUUCUAAACCAGGUGCUGGAAUGCCUCCUCCUCCACCUCCAAGACAGAAUCUGCCUGAUCCUACCAGCUUUGCUCCUCCUCCUAUUUACGGAAACCCUGCCAGUGCCAGUUACAAGGCUCCGGCACCUCAAGCAGCAGCUGCUACGAUUACUGCUACUCAACAGCCACAACAUCAACAACAACAACAACUACCACCUCCUGUAUCUCGACAGACUCCUACUCCUCCAGCAUCGCGCGUAAGUCCUACUCCACCUGCUACAAGAGCCACUCCUCCAGGAUCGGCUACUCACAGUACGGGUCCAAGACAGGCUCCUCCUAAACCAGCUUCUCUCAAAGUUCAGCCCACCCCUCCUCCUAAACCAUCUGCUUUUUCAACUUCUGGAAAUACCAACACAGUUCCUCACCCUCAACCAGCUCGAACAUACCCUUCUCAACAGCAGCUACCCCAACCACUCCAGAGUCAAUUCCAGGGUCAACCUCAAGGUCAACCUCCUGCGUAUGCUUUAACUGAUAGUUUGAACAACCUUUCAGUUAAUGACAACCAAAACGAAGUUCAGGCUGUACCCAGUCCAUCUGGCGAUUCACAAUCAUCUGCUCCUCAACCGGCUGUUGCAUUUGCUCAACCAGGAAUUCCAAAUUUUGCUGCUGAAAUCGCUGCUAGAAAAACUCGUAACUCAGUAUCUCAUUCGUCUACCGCUUCAGCGUCUCCACCUCCCAUUUCUCCAGCUUCAACUGGCGCCAGCAUAAACAAGAAAGCUCCUCCACCACCACCCAAGAAAAAACCCAGUCUGAGUACCGGGUCUUCUUUUUCUGCUGCUUCCACACCUGCUCCUGCUGCUCCGGGUACUGGCUAUGCUCAUUCAUCAGUCGCAAGCCCGCCUGUUAUUGCUCCUAAACCAAUUGUACCAUCGGCACCAGCUCGUAACCAUCCUCACACCGUUGGUGUCAACAGUUCACAUGCUCCUUCCUUGCCACCACCAAUCAACCAUGCUACUCGACCAUCUGUUGAAACCAUUGCUAGAAGUGGUUCAUUCUCUGACUCUCAAGUGCAACCUGAACCAAAAGAACCGAAACGAUUUGAUUUCCAGCUGGCAACUGCCUGGUUCGCAGUUCCAAUGGGACAACCUCUUCACUUUCCUCCCGACCUUUCUGGUACUGAAUACACUUACUCCACAUCAUCCUCCGGCUCCACUAGGACAUUGAAAAUAGCACUUCGAAUCACUGAAGAUCUGUCAGUUGUUAGAUUUACCAUGACCUGGGAUGAAAGUGAUCCUGUUCGCACCUGUCGAGUCACCCGAACCGACUCGGCAGUUCCACGACUUCUCACUGGACCCGAACUGGUCUAUUCACAUUCUCAGUACGGCGAAUUAGUAGCUUCAUGGGCUGAGUCGAAGAUGGGUCAACAGGUGGGUAACGGCGAGUGCUGGACUCUUGCCCAACAAGCCAUUGAACAGUCGACUCACGGCCAAGCCAUGACGUCGAAAGGACUCGUCCACGGCAUGCUCAUCUACGGUACCAACCCUGCCAUUUCACGAGAAGAGAUCCGUCGCGGAGAUAUCAUUCAAUUCCGCGAAGCACGGUUCGAGAAACGUGAUCCCACCACCGGUCGAGUCGUGUCUCAAUCACUCUCAGGAGCACCGGACCACACCUCAGUCGUAACCUCAGUCGACUCCAACACCAUCCACGUGGUCCACCAGAACGUCUCCAACGUCCGCCGUGUCCAACCAGGCGAGUACGUCCUUUCGGACUUCGUCUCCGGCGAUAUCAAGAUCUACCGUGUCGUCGCCAAAGACUGGGUCGAGGCCCUGUCCGUAUAA